AUGACGAGAAGAAUUCUAGCCCUUUUUGGACUAGCAAAUGCUCUUGAAAACAUGACUGAUUACGACAAUUACGAUGAAGAGCGCGCUUCCAAUAGAUAUCUGAUGGAUUCUCCGAUCUGCCAAUCUGUAGAAGACUGCGCUAAUCUUGAAGGAUGCGAUGGAGCUCUGUUCACAAAUUCGCAAGGGACAAUUCAAAUCUCUGAUUAUAAAAGCCGAUUCAACUGUCGAUGGGAAAUCAAAGCUUCUCCAGGCCAGCAUAUUUCGAUCGUGGUAGAAGAAGGCGCUUUCUUUGGAAUCGAACACAAUGCUGCAUGCGGGAGCGAUGGCCUUAAAAUUCACGGUCAAGAAAAUGAAGAACUUGUUGGAUUCGGGCGUCUCUGCUCUUCUUUGACUUCGGCGACGAAACCAUACAACGGAAUGGCAGCUUAUAAGACUAAGGGCGGAGAAAAAAUUCAAUCGAAGCUCUUCAGAAACUGGCUUGAGCUAGAUUCGGAUCAUUUGGUCAUCGGUUUUGACACGGAUCAGAAUAAUGAAGGUGCUGGUUUUAUUUUGCGUUGGAGAUUCGACGAUGCAGGCACAACGACAGCUCCAGAAACAACGACAUCAUAUCCUCUAGUACCUGCAGUCGAAGUUCUUACGGCUUUCGAGAACGAUUUGGAAGAGGUCUUCACGGAAAUCAUUCAUUCUGAUCGCCAUGAGCUGGCUAAUCGCCACUUGGAACAACUUCUUAGUCGAUUUCAGUCUGGAAUUAGUCGAUGUCCUAAUGGAGACCAAAGCACCCGUGAAGUUAGAGGCCCCGAUCCAGCAGUAUUCGACCCAAUCGACAUUGACGGAAUAGAGGCAGAGUGGAACCGAUUUAACUCUGAGCUCCUUGAUGGCUGCGAACUCGCAUACAUGGUCAACAACGGCAUGGACUACUGGAACACAAGCUGGCCUCGCCGCAUUCGCCGAUUUAUGGACAGGGUGCUCAGAAGAUGGGAAACCAACGUGCUUUCUGUAUUUGAUGAUGAAGGAACAGUGAAAUGCACAGCGCGAAAAAAUGACAACAGCGAGUCAAUCAAUCGGAAACUGUCGACACGAUUUGUCGAUGAUUACGUCGAACUCGAUUUCGAGAACGACGAGGAAGAGUCAAUAUCGUCACGGCGAUGGCCACAGAAUCCCACGUUGCAGAUUUACAGACUUGGCCGGAAUCUCCGCCGAAUAGGUGCUGACUACCUCCAGCACUGCCGCCGUUUUGCCAAGUAUCACCUUUUGACAAGAAAGCUCGAACGUCACCUACUCAGUGGUCUCGCAGUUGUUUCAAAGACUGACUAG